GUGCUGUCAAAGCCUCCUGUGACCCAGAUUCAUUGAACAGCAGUGCAGACAUAUUAGCUUCUAAAAUGUUUCGAGCAGGAUUGUCCUCUCUAACCAGUCACAGAUUUUCAGUUUUGUCUGCUUGAUCAGUAAGUUUUGUUGCCUUCGAUUUCAUAAGGGAAAAUCUGAAGAGCUUGGCAGAGCCUGCCGGAGCCUAGCAGAUUGUAGUAGAGCAUAUUGGAGCAGGGAGAGGGAGCGAUGGACAGAGCAGAGUGGAUUAAUUCAGUUCAGUUACGUACUGUAGCUUUAAGUAAAUGACUGUGAGGAUGAAAAGACAAUCCUGAAUGUCAAGUGAUGUUUGUAAUCCUGUUAUAUGUACUUUUGAGGGUGUGAGUAUUUUAUAAUUAAUACAGCAGAUCAUGUGAGAACAAGGGCAUAGCUGAGGGUUUCUAGUUCUCCCAAAAGAAUAUCACUAAGGACCUCUUUUCACUUAAAUUAAAGUUUGUGAAACUAUGAGCUCAUAGAUUCAACACUAGUGACUAUUGUGCAAGAAAAUGCACCAAAUAUCUUGUGUUUCUAUGAAAGAAUAAAGCCCAUGGAGCUUUAUUGGUAUUAUUUUUGAAUGAGGUUUGCUGUUGAACUGAGAAAGGGCAUCAAGGCGUUUUCUGUAUUUGUGUGAUAUUUUGGAAAUGACUGGGCACAAGCUAAUUGAUAUCUGUCCCCCACCACUCAUUGUAAAGGUAUGUCCUAAUGGAGUUUUGGCAUGCAGCCACAAAGACAUACCUGUCUUUCAUCAAAGGUGCAUAGAACUGCCUUGGAGAUGAUCUGCAACAGAUGGCUAAUUAAUGGCAACAAAUUUGACAGUAAGCUCUCAAAUGAGCAAAAAGCAGAAAUGAGAAUUAGUGGGGUUUGUGUCAUAUUUGUGGUUGGCCUGAGUGAUGUCCAAACAGGGCUGCUGGUGUGGAUGCCACAGAACAAUAUAAAAGACGCUUGCUCUUUCCGUGGGAAGAUAAGAGGAUCAGAUGACUCCCCUUCCCACGAGCCAGAAGAUGAUGUGGUUCCCAACCAACUUCCAAAAAUCGGCCAGGAUGGAUACAUCUAGCAGGCAGAAAGUCCUCGUGCUGGUCUUGGUGUUGCUUCUGUCUCACCUGACCUGUAAUGCUCACAAUAUAUCCAAGUGCUGCACACAACCAUCUCGCUCCUGCCGCCUCCAUGUGUUGCUGUGUCGUUCUGGCAGUAAGAACUCAGGGGGACCGCUCACAGAAGAUGCUGCCACUGGCAUCCUCACGCUGGGUAAACGGAGAGAAGGCGAGCACCGCUUGCAGAGCCGACUCUACCAACUCCUCCAAAGCUCCAGGAACCAAGCAGAAGGGAUCCUGACUUUGGGGAAAAGGACUGAAGAGAGGGCUGGAGAGCAGUACAUGGACUGGAUAUCUCAGUCAGGAACUACCAUCACCUCCUCCCCUGUCUGUUUGAAAAUGGGUUCCUCAAGUAUACUGGGACACUGUUGAAAUGUAGGUAGAUAACACUGGCAAAAUAAGUGGGAUUUAUCUUAUAAAUGUAGGUUUGCUCAUGUGGAAACUAUUUCAUAAUGUUCUUUGAACUGAGCCUUUUUGAAUGUGAUAUCAUUUGCAUUUGCCUGUCAGACAAUG